AUGGGAGGUUGCUUUUCGAAUGUGAGAGGAGGCCAACAAGCGGUGGGAGGGGCCCAACAAAGGCCCCUACAGAGGAACGAUGUUGGUGUUGGUGGUGGUGGUGGCGGAGGCCACAAUGAUGCUGUUGACUACUUCUUUAAAACGAAGGGUCUUGGUGCGCUCUUUACACAGAUCGAGUUAUCUUUGUCGGCUUCAAAAUUACGGGAUCGUGACAUCAUUUCAAAGAGUGAUCCUAUGGCAGUAGUUUAUGAAAAGAAAAGAGAUGGAACCUUAGAGGAAAUUGGCCGUACGGAAGUGAUAAUGAACAAUUUGGAUCCUGCUUGGAUCGGAAAAAUUAAUGUUUCGUAUCAGUUUGAGAUUGUUCAGCCUCUGAUCUUUCGUGUGUAUGAUGUGGAUACGAAAUACCACAAUUUACCAGUGAAGAUGCUGAAGUUGAAAGAACAAGAAUUUCUUGGCGAAGCCAUUUGUGUAGUAUCUGAGAUAUUGACUAAACAAAGUCGGAGUUUGACCCUUCGCCUUCACAAUAAAAAUGGGCACAGUGGUCUGAAAAACUUGGGGACACUAACUGUCCAUGCAGAGGAAACUGCCGGUUCAAGAAAUGCUGUAGAGAUGACAUUCCAUUGUUCCAACUUGGAUAACAAGGACCUAUUUUCCAAAAGUGAUCCUUUCUUGAGAGUAUCUAGGAUUGUUGAGACUGGUAUUACUGUUCGAAUUUGCAAGACAGAAGUCGUGAAUAACAACUUGAAUCCAAUUUGGAAGCCUUUAUGUCUCACAAUGCAGCAAUUUGGGAGCAAGGAUAAUCCAUUAGUUAUUGACUGCUAUGAUUUCAAUAGCAGUGGCAAUCAUGUACUGAUCGGUAAAAUGCAGAAAUCAGUGACGGACCUUGAAAAACUUCACAAAGAAAAGAUUGGUGCAAAUUUUAUCAUACCAUCUGUUCGCCAGGGUCAUGAAAAGGUUCUGAAGGGUCAACUUUUUGUUGAUGGCUUUGUUGAAAAGGAACUGCACAGUUUUAUCGAUUACAUUUCUAGUGGCUUUGAACUUAACUUUAUGGUUGCUGUUGAUUUUACCGCUUCAAAUGGAAAUCCUCGCAGUGUAAGUUCUUUGCACUACAUUGAUCCUUCAGGCCGGUUGAAUGCUUACCAGCAGGCUAUAACGGAGGUUGGCGAGGUCAUACAAUUCUAUGAUUCUGACAGGUGCUUUCCUGCUUGGGGCUUUGGAGGAAGGACGUUUGAUGGUUCAGUAUCUCACUGUUUUAACUUGAGUGGUACAGUUGGCUUUGAGGUUGAAGGAGUAGAAGGUAUAAUGGCUGCUUAUUCAGGUGCUCUGCACAAUGUUGCUCUUGCUGGACCCACCUUAUUUGGUCCGGUUAUCAACAAGGCUGCAGAAAUUGCUGGGCAUUCCCUCUCAUACAACAAGAGCAAGUACUUUGUCUUGCUGAUUAUAACGGAUGGAGUCCUUACUGAUCUUCAGGAAACUAAAGAUGCUUUAGUGAGAGCAUCUGACCUACCGCUUUCAAUUCUUAUUGUUGGAGUUGGUGGUGCAGAUUUUGAAAAAAUGGAGAUCCUAGAUGCCGAUGGUGGGCAAAGAUUAGAGAGUUCCACGGGAAGGAUAGCUACACGAGACAUUGUACAAUUUGUUCCGAUGCGUGAUGUGCAUGGCGGGCAGAUCUCAGUUGUUCAUGCUCUCUUGGAAGAGCUACCCGGCCAGUUCUUGACUUACAUGCGGAGUAGAGAUAUCAAACCACACACGGCCAAUGUAGCCCAAACUUCUUCUCAAGCGUAUCCAGACACGGCCAAUGUACACCAAGCUUCUUCUCCAGCGUAUCCACACACGACGGCAGCCGUGUCUCUCUCUGAGUUAUCUCUCUCUAAAACCCAGAAUACAUCCACCAUUUCAUUUUGGGGACGAGGUCAGACCAGAUUAGAUCCGGAUGAGUCGUUGGAGAGUGUGGUUGGGGACGAGGUCUGGAGCUAUUGGGUGAGUUUGCCGUCGUCGAGCCAGCGUUGGAUGCUGAAGCGGUUGUUGGUGACUCCGCCAUGGAGAGUCACAGGGGAUUUCAUGACGUCCAGUGAGAUUGGACACCUGAAGAAGCUAGGAAUUGUGAUGUCCAAACUUCUUGGUUGGUUUGACUGUGAAUCUGGAGGCUGUUGGGUGAGUUUGAGAGGCGGCAAGGCGGCGAGUUGGUGGGUGAGUCAGGAUCGAAUCGAGUCAGACCAGAUCCGGAUGAGUCGUUGGAGAGUGUAG